UAAUGAGCUGGCUGCUUGCAUCACCGUGCGCUGGUGACGUGUGGCGUCUGGGAGCUGUCCCAGGAAUCAUGGUGCUGAAGCUGCAGCACCGAGCCAGCAGCCAAUGAUCGCAGGAGGAUGCGGGGCUACGGAGGCUUUCACCCGGAGCAGGACAGUCCGACAAUCGCGUUGGGGGAUUUUAACCGAGAGAUGUAAAAACCCCAUCAGCUCGUCCCUGGCACAUGGGCGAUUCCAUAAUUGAGGGGAUGUAAGCUUCACACAGACUUGCCAGCGACCUGCAGUCUGGCUGGAUACCCGUGAAAGGAAAAGGAGGGGGAGAAAACAGUGAGUCGGGUUGAAAACGGUGUAGCUCGCCAGCGUCUAUUCAACUUAAUGGCUUCAGACACUUGUUUGCAUCCAUGGGAUUUAUUUGCCCUUUGGAUUUACAUCCUCGUGGGAAGACAAUAAAAGUCAGAAGAUAAGAAAACUUAAAAGGGUGAUUUAAAACCCCAACAAACGCUGGAAAAGACUUCCCCUCCUGCCCCCACCAUCCCAUCUCACAACAUAUGAAGAAGUGUUUGCUCAUGACGGGGACACAUACGGUGCUUGGUGUUUUCUUCCAGCACCUUUGCACGGUGCCGUGAGAUUGUGGCCAGGGAGCCAGCCUGAUGCUGCGCAGCCAGGGCAUGCUGAAGAGCCGCUGCUGCGUCCUGCUCGGUGACCUGAGGGUGCUCCUGCUCGGGCCCCCGGCGCCACCGACACCGCUACCUCCCCUGACCCCGAUGAGCGGCCAAACCACGGAAAGCCAUGAGACAGGCGUCGCCGUCCCCGACAACAACAACACGAUAACAGGGAGCCACCAGCAAGCAGGGGACCGGACUCCUUUGCCCACUGCUGCGCCGGGGGCCGCGGGGCCACCGGGCGGAGAGCGAGCUGGCUGGGUGGAUGCCGCGGAGCUGUCGGCGGCUCUGCGCGGCUGCAGCAGCUCCUCCGACGACUGCUCGAAAGGCAAGCUGGAGGAGAGGUUCUCCCUCACCAGCUACACGGAGAGUGGCUUCAGGACGCCUGUGUGCAGGAUCUGCUUCCAGGGACCAGAGCAUGGGGAGCUCCUGAGCCCAUGUCGGUGCUGUGGGUCAGUACGCUGCACCCACCAGCCCUGCCUCAUCAAGUGGAUCAGUGAGAGAGGCUCCUGGGCCUGUGAGCUCUGCUACUACAAAUAUCAGGUCAUCGCCAUCAGCACCAAGAAUCCACUGCAGUGGCAGGCCAUCUCCCUGACAGUGAUUGAGAAAGUGCAGAUAGCAGCAGCCAUCUUGGGCUCCCUGUUCCUGAUGGCCAGUAUCUCCUGGCUGGUGUGGUCGUCUUUCAGCCCGUCGGCCCGCUGGCAGCGACAGGACCUGCUCUUUCAGAUCUGCUACGGCAUGUACGGCUUCAUGGAUGUCGUGUGCAUCGCACUAAUAGUCCACGAGGGACCAUCUGUGUUUCGUAUCUUCCACCGCUGGCAGGCUGUGAACCAGCAGUGGAAAGUCCUGAACUACGAUAAGUCCAUGGACAGCGGUGACCUGAAGAACACGACCCUAAACAGGACUGUGUCCCAGCCCAGUCAGGGCUUUCAGACUGGGCUCGGAGUGUCCACUUCCAACUCCUCGCUCAUGGUGGUCGCCUCCACGGCCGCCGGGUCCACCUCUUCAACCGUGGUGACGAGCGCGGGAGGACUGGGAGCACACGUGGACCCCACCAGUGGCAGCGCAGUGCCAGACCAACACUGUCCCUACAACAUCCUCCACCUCCUCAGCCACCUGAGGCAGCCGGAGGCCCGCGACCAACCCAGCAAUAGCACACGAGAGCUGGUCAUGCGAGUCACCACAGUCUGAGGAGUAAGUUCAGGCCUUAUCUCACGUGGAGGAGAAAGAUUUAUGAACCAGCUGACAGUUGAAAAAAAAACAUCUAAUCUUAACUGCAGUGGAGUAAUACCAUGUUCUUGUUUGUUUCCAAAUGCAUCUCUGAUGUCCUUACGUGGAUUGAAUAAAAGUCAAAGUUGUUUGAUUUUCAGAA